UACGAGCGGAAGUCGAGUCUCCGGACGCUUUAGGGAAGGAACCCGCGGAGUACACAGACGCCGGGGCCGUCCGUGGUCCCCGUAGGCUCCCUUAGGCCGCCAUGAACCGGCUCCAGGAUGACUACGACCCCUACGCGGUGGAAGAGCCGAGCGACGAGGAGCCGGCUCUGAGCAGUUCUGAAGAUGAAGUGGAUGUGCUUUUACAUGGAACUCCUGACCAAAAACGAAAACUCAUCCGAGAAUGUCUUACUGGAGAAAGUGAGUCAUCUAGUGAAGAUGAAUUUGAAAAGGAAAUGGAAGCCGAACUAAACUCUACCAUCAAAACAAUGGAGGAUAAGUUAUCCUCUAUGGGGACAGGGACUUCCUCAGGAGUUGUGAGUGGUGGAGGAGUUACAGCGAAGUACUAUGACGACAUUUAUUUUGAUUCCGACUCUGAGGAUGAAGACAAAGCAGCACACGUGACCAAGAAAAAGAAGAAGAAACAGCGCAGGAUCCCAACAAAUGAUGAGCUGCUGUAUGACCCUGAGAAAGACAACAGAGACCAAGCCUGGGUUGAUGCACAGAGAAGGGGUUAUCAUGCUUUUGGAUUGCGGAGACCACAUCAGAAACAACAGCCUGUUCCAAACAGCGAUGCUGUUUUGAAUUGCCCUGCCUGUAUGACUACACUGUGCCUUGAUUGCCAAAGGCAUGAAUCCUACAAGACUCAGUACAGAGCAAUGUUUGUGAUGAAUUGUUCUGUCAACAGAGAGGAGGUUCUAAGAUACAAGAAUCCAGAAAACAGGAAGAAAAAGUGGGGUGCUAAGAAGAUGAGGUCUAACCCUGAAGAUCCCGUGGAGACAGACAUGGAGGAAAUCUAUCACCCUGUCAUGUGCACAGAGUGUUCCACUGAAGUGGCAGUCUAUGACAAAGAUGAAGUCUUUCAUUUCUUCAACGUUUUAGCAAGCCAUUCUUGAACAGUGUGACAGACACAGCGUGGCAGCCAUCUUCUUCCAUAUCCGCCACCAACCCUUCCCUGUCCUGAUGGACUGUGUCCUCAGACUCUGAGCCAAACAACCCUUCCUUCCUUAAAUUGGUUUUUGUCAGAUACUUUGUUACAAUGAGAAAAAUAACUAAUACAGAAAAUUGGGGACUGGGACUUUUCUGUGAUAAACCUGUGUGGUUCUUAGGCCUUUAGAACUAGUUUGCAGGAGAAAUGGGGGAGAGUUGGAAGCUGCAGGCUAGAGAAGCCCUAGAAUACUGUAAGCAGGGCUUGACAGGGCCAUUCUGGUGGGAGUUUAGAAAACCAGAAUGAGCUGGGUGGUGGCAGUGGUGCACAUGUUUAAUUCCAGCACUUGGGAGGCAGAGGCAGGUGGAUUUGUGAGUUAGAGGCCAGCCUGGUCUACAGAGCGAGUCCUGGGACUUAUACAAAGAAAUGCUGUCUUGAACCCCCCCCCCCCCAAAAAAAAAAAACAAAACAAAACAAAACAGAAUGCUAAGAGAAAUAGAACAGUGGAGGCCCAGCUCAUGAGUUUCAGGAGGAACAAGUACUAUAUCAGGGACUGUGUUAGAGGCAGUUUGUAUUAUACUCUUGAGAAGAAACCAGAUGCAAUUCUGCCUGUGUCCUGAAAACUUGAAGGCGGUGCAGUUUUUAAAAGUUUGUUUUUAUAUGUGAUGUGUAUGAAACACACUUUGUCCCUGGAGUCAGAGGCAGUGAAAGAAAUAUGCCCUGGCCUCAAAGCCAAAACUAAGAAAGGCCAGUGAAAGAAACACAGUUAGGCUCUGAAAUUAGGGCCAUCUCUGACCCUGACCAAUGAAACUAACCAGUCUCUGAGCAGGAAAAACUAACCAGUCCCUGAACAGAAAAUCUUCUCCCUGGAGAAACUCCACCCCCAAGAAGCCCUAUAUAAACCACCCUGCCUGUUCAGCUGUUGGCUGUUCUUUCCCACUCGGGCAGAGGUAGUCACUCUCCUGGACGACUCCUUCCCAAAUAAAUCUCUUUCUCAAAAGAAUCUUGGGUGUGAAGAUCUUCAUUUGUCAGUGCGGAGAAGAACCUUGCCAAGACUCUUGCCAAGACUCGCUUAGGGGACUGAGCAGAAAAAACCUUGCAGAGACGUUCUCUUAGCGGGGGCUAAGCAAGGCGAAGCUGAAGAGAAUCUUGCUGAGACAUCCCUUAGGGAACUGAGCAAAGGCGGAGCAGAAAAAGUAACAACUUUUUGCAGGAGCAGAGGAGAUUGCUACAUUUCUGCGGGGAAUUUCCUCUUUAGUGAAACAAAAGAAGCAACAUCUUGGGCUGAAGAAGAAGCAGAGCUCUGCCUAGAAGCCCCCUUAAGUGGGAGCUGAGCAAAUCAGCUGUAGCAGCUCUCCAGCAAAGGAGCAGGAUUGCUAUAUCCUUCAGGGUGACCAUUCCCCACCAUACCCCAACUCCAGGUACAGCCUGACUCCCGAAGAGUCAGGAUACCUUCCCUCCAGAGCUGAGCCGUCCCGUUGCGGCUCCAGGGGCCAGAGCUGUCCUGGCAGCUCCAGGUACAGCCUGACUCCCGAACAGUCAGGAUACCUUCCCUCCAGAGCUGAGCUGUUGCAUUGCAACUCCAGCUGUCAGAGCUGUCCUGGCAGUUUUUCCCCAGAGUUGCAACACUUGCUUACAGUAUCUGUAGGCGUUUGGAUUGGUAUUGGUCUGCUAAGUUAAUAGAUAACAAAAGGUUCCCAGUACUCACAAGAUGUUAGUUCUGACACAGAUGGGUAAAGACUGGCUGCUCCAGAGGGCUAGAACUAGCCCCAAAUGAGGUAAUUAUCCUCUGGAUCUGCAACAUCUCACUCUCUCCACAGUACUGAAAAUUGAAUCACUCAGUUUCUGCAAACAUAGUUUCUUUUCAGGAGUUUUAGUUUACACUAUGUAGACCAGGCUGACAUGAGCUCACAGAAACCCAUUUGUUUCUGCUGGGAUUAAAUAAGCCACUAGUCUAUCUUAUUUAAAAGACAUGGUCUUUUACUGGACUGGAAACUGACAGUUUGAGCUAGGCUGGUCAGCCUGUAAGCUCUUGGGAUUCACCUGUCCCACUCUCCAAUGCUGGAGUUACAGGCAUGUAUGUACAGUCUCUGUUUUGUUUUCAUCUGGUUUGGGGAGGGGGAAGAGAUGACUCUGGUUGAGCACUUGUUGCUCUUGCAGAGGACCUGGGUUCAGUUCCUGGUACCCAUAUGGUGGUUCAUAAUUGUGAUGGCUAUUCUUGACUGUGAACUUGACUACACUAGAAUUAACUAAAAACCAAGCAGCUGGGUACACUUGUGAGGGAUUUUUCUUGAUUGAAUUAUUUGAAGUGGGAAGACCUACCCUAAAUCUGGAUCUUCUGAGGUGGGAAGAUCCACCUUAACUUUGGGCCACACCUUCUGGUGGCAGGCUGUGUAAAGGACAUGGAAGAAAGAAGCUUUUUCUCUUUGCCUGCUUGCCCUCACUCUCAUUGGCAAGACCAUUCCUUCACUGGUAGUAGAGCCGACUUCUUCAGGAUUCCAGCUGAGACAUCCAGCCUGAGGACUGAACAACCACUGGGUUCUUGGAUUUUCCAUCAGGAGACAGCUAUUAUUGGAACAGUCAGACCAUAAUCUAUACCUGUAAGCCAUGCUAAAAAAUCCCACACACAUAUAUAGAAUAUAUAUAUUCUGUCAGUUCUAUCUGUUUCUCCAGAGAACACUGACUAAUACAAUAACCAUCUGUAACCCCAAUUCAAGGGGCUCUAGUGACCUCUUCUGAACUCUGCAGGGUAUCAGGCAUGUAUGUGGUGCUCAUACAUACAUGUAGAUAAACACUCAUAAAAUAAAUCUAUAAAGAAAGAAAUGUGGUUGGUGGAGUUUUGAAAGCAGAUCCUCUUGCUUUCACAGCAAGCACUCUUACCCACUGAACCAUCUCCCUAACCCAAAUGAAGUACAAUUAAAAAAAGUGAUGUGCCAAGUUGACAAGGGGUAGAACUGUGACAGUUAACCUUUAUUGCAAACAUGGCUGGAUUUAGAAUCACCAUGGAAACACAUCUCUGGGUAUAUCUAUGAAAGUGUUUCUAGUCUAUGGCCAUACCACCCUGAAUGCACCUGAUCUCAUCUGUUCUAGGAAGCUAAGCAAGAUCAGGCCUGGUUAGCACUUGGGUGGGAGACGGCCUGGGGAUACUGUGUGCUGUAGGCUUAAAAAGAAAGAAAGGAUUUCUAGAAAGGUUUGACCGAGGAAGGAAAACCCACUUUGAAUUUAGUUUGCAAUCUCCCAUGGCUGGCAUUCCAGACCAGGAAGAGAAGAGUUAGCCAAACACCAACAUUUCUCUCUCUCUCCUUCAUGACUAUGGCUGUUAAUGUUGCCACUACAAGCCUUCCUUGCCGUGACUGCUCACACUGAAAGCUGAAAAUAAGCACUUAUCCCCUUAAGUGGCAUUUAUCAAAUAUUUUAUCACAGAAGAAAAGAAUAGACAAUAAAAGAAACUAACAUACCUCUCCAAAGAAACUGUCAAAUCCUAGACCCUGUGAAUGCAUUUGGAAGCCACUCACCUAAGACAGGACCACUUGUUUAUUCUCCUUGUUCUGCAAUUAUUAUUAUUUAUUAUUAUUAUUAUUUUGUAGUUUUUUGAGACUGAGUUUCUCUGUGUUGCCCUGACUGUCUUGGAACUAGCUUUGUAGACCAGGCUGACCUCACAGAGAUCUGCCUACCUCUGCCUCCUAAGUGCUAGGAUUAAAGGCGUAUACCACUACGCCUGGUAUUGCUCUGAAAAUUUACAGUGAUGUGUAUUUAAUUUUGGGGGGGGGUAAGGAACGUUAAAAUAAACUUUUAUUUGUCUGUGUGAGUGUGAGGGUGCAGAGGUCGAAGGGAGUAGGAUGUCCUCUUCCAUCACCCAUGUUUACCCCUUUCGAGGCAGAGUCUCUCCUUCCAUCUGGGGCUUGUGUUUUCUUGGGCAGGCGGCUGAUCAGCCAGCCCCCGGGCUAUCUUCCUACCUCUUCCCUUCUUGAAGCUGGGGUAACAGGCAUUUACAGCAACACCUGGAUUGUUACAUGGAUCCAAACUCAGGUCCUCGUGGCGCAGAAUAGGUGCUCUUAACCACGGAGCCAUUUCUCCUGCUCCUCAAUUGUUUUGAAACCCAUAGAAUGGGCCCCUCAGGUGCCCUGUUCACUUUGGACUUUCAGUUGUAGAAGUGUUUUAUUCUAGAACUCCUUUUCCAUUAGGUUCUGUUCUUUCUUAGGAUCUGUUCGUUUGAAGUAGAGCCUUCUGAUUUUUACCCUCCUGCUCUCAGGCUUCCUUAAGAAAAGCUCAAGGUUGGUGGAGCAUGGAAAUAUAGACCAGUGUUCUAAAUACUCUAGAGCAGUGGUUCUCAGUCUUCCUAGUGACGGGACCCUUUAAUACAGCUCCUCAUCUUGUGGUGACCCCAACCACAAAAUUAUUGUGUUGCUACAUCAUAACUGAUUUUGCUAUUAUUAUGAAUCGUAAUGUAAAUAUCUGUGGUUUUCAAUGGUCUUAGGCAACCACUGUGAAAUGUUGUUCAACUGUCACAGGGGUGGAGAUCCACAGGUUGAGAAUCACUGCUCUGUAGGCUAAGGCAGGAGAAUUGACAGUUCUAAGCCAACCUACACUACAUAGUGAGUCCCAGGAUGGCCUGGGCUACACAAUGAGAUCAUUAAAAAAAAAAAAAGAAAAAAAGAAAAAAGAAAACAAAAUGAAGAGGAAGAAAAUAGAAAAUCAAAAUCAAAGGGAUGUGGUGCUACAAGUCCAUAAUGCCAGUGAUCAAGAGGUCAAACAGAAGAACAGAGUUCAAGGCCAGACAGGUCGGAGCUGGACUCUGACAUGUCCAAGGGUUCUUGGGGGGAGGAGUGAGGAAUGAGGAAAUGUUAGAUAGAAAUAUAGACGUAGAUGGAGAGAAAGAAAGACAGAGACACAGGAUCGCUUCGGGAGGGCCCCGGGUCAAUACCCAGUCGCCCCGACUUUAUUCAUAAUGGGCCUUUUAUCCAUCAUCGAGGGAUGGGCAAAAGACCUCCCUCUUCCAAGGUCGAGGUAUAAAGUACCAACAAGCAUAGACCCUUCAAAACACCUGGUAACCACGCCCUUGGCCAAAUCAUUCCAUUAUGCAGCCCUGCUGGGCAAAGCAAGCUCAGACUUUCUGACCUGAGUAAGACCUUACUAGGGAGCCUCUGUGGGGCCCUAUUAAGCCUGGGCUGUAUAAAGCCCGUUUCUCUCUCUCUCUGUCUCUCUGUGUGUCUCUCUCUCUGUGUCUCUCUGUCUGUCUGUCUGUUUCUCUCUCUCUCUGUGUUUCUCUGUGUGUGUGUUUCUCUCUCUCUCUCUCUCUCUCUCUCUCUCUCUCUCUCUCUCUCUCUCUCACACACACACACACACACACACACACACACACACACACACACACCCCAAAGCACAAAAGGAACAAAAAAGGAUAGUUAAAAAAAAUCUAUUUCCAGGUGAAGUGGUGCAUGCCUGUAAUCCCAGCACUGGGGAGUAGAGGCAGGGGGAUUGGGAUUUCAAGUCACCCUCUGUUGAAUUCUAGGCCACCUAGGCUAUGUGAGGCUCUGUCUCACAACAGUCUGUUUAUCCCACCUAGGAUAAGAUACUGACCAAUACCUCACUAUUUAUUUUAUGUUCUAGUAUACUUAGAUUAGUUUUGUUUGGGCGAUCUUGUUUAUUCAUUACUUGAAACUCUUUCCUUUUUCUUCCUCUUCUCCUUUUCUUUUUCUCCUUCUUUAUUCUUGAGACAAGGUCUCAGUCUGCAUCCUGACUGGUCUAGAACUCAUAAUGUUGCGCAGGCUGGUCUUGAACUCUUGGUUCUCCUCCUGCUCGAGUCUCCCAAGUGCUGGGAUUGCAGGUAUAAGAUAUCAUAUCUCGAGUUUUUCUUUCGAUUGUAAUUUUUUAUAACAUUCUCAUCUUGUUCUAGGAAUAUUAUAAUUUUGGGGAGUUGGAAGCUUGAGACAAUGUCUCACAAUUUAGCCCUGGCUGGCACUGAACUCAUGAUUUAGCCCUGGCUGGCACUGAACUCACUGUUUAGCCCUGGCUGGCACUGAACUCACUGUUUAGCCCUGGCUGGCACUGAACUCAUGAUUUAGCCCUGGCUGUCACUGAACUCACUGUUUAGCCCUGGCUGGCACUGAACUCAUGAUUUAGCCCUGGCUGGCACUGAACUCACUGUUUAGCCCUGGCUGGCACUGAACUCACUGUUUAGCCCUGGCUGGCACUGAACUUACUGUUUAGCCCUGGCUGGCACUGAACUUACUGUUUAGCCCUGGCUGGCACUGAACUCACUAUUUAGCUCUGGUUGGCACUGAACUCACUGUUUAGCCCUGGCUGGCACUGAACUUGUAGAGAGCUACCUGCCUCUGCCUGGGAUUCAAGGUGUGAACCACAAUGCUCGGCUCACUCUUACCCAUGCCAUGAUUUUAAUGUUUCUGGUUCCUCAUAUGGCUCCCAAAUUUUCAGCUUUGGCUUUAUCUACAUAGAGAACACAAACAGAAUGGCUGGACUGAGGAGACCAUGGGCGAACUGCUGUACAGUUAGAAUAGCCGUUCCUCCACUGUGUGAUUUAAAUGACUUCCUAAAGGGCCUUUCUGUCUCCUGUCUCAUUUUCUAAGCUCACGAUUUGCACUGCGUUUAGUUCUAACUCACACAGUUCUCAUAAAACUUUCCCGAUCAUCUAGCCCUUCCAUGUUUUAAACUUGACAGACUUCCUUCCCACUGUCCCUACAUUCACCCCAUGUACUUGCAGGUUGCAGCCAGAUGGAUCACGGGUUUCCUUUCAUGCUCACUGAAUAACUAACUGGAAGGCCCCACACCUGCUCACCCUUCACCUCUGUUCGUGUUGCCCGAAGCCUUCCCUGAUCCGCUUCUUUCUUCAGUUACCACAGAGCUUGGAAGGACUCCCUCCCUCUGAGCUGUCCCCAUUUUGUUUGUGAUCUGGAUGUACCAUGUUCACCUUUUGGAUUCAGCAUGGCAGAGUCUAAUAACACCAAAAGCAGAAUGGCCUUCUCAGCCCAUAAUCUUCCUAUGUCUAAUCCUGGCUCAGUAAACGCUCAGUGAAAGCUCUUUCUAAAAGAACCAGAAAUUCAAGUGCAUUUAAAAAAACUUUGAGGCAUUCUUAUUAUAUAGCUAUGGCUAGCCUGGAACUCACUUGGUAGCCCAGGCUGGCCUCGAACUCACAGAGAUCCACCUGCCUCUGCCUCCCGAGUGCCAGGACCAAAAGUGUGUGUCACCAUGCCUGGCUUCCAGUGAUUUUUUGAGGACUUAACCUGAAACAGUAAGAGGUGGUUAUGGUAACGUUACCAAGGGGCUGAUAAAGUCCUAGAUUAUCUAGGACUUCGUUCCUUUCCUGCCCUUCAGAUGGAUUCCAGUAGCUUCGUCUUUGAAACCGAGAUGAAAGGAAUCCAAGAAUGAGAUCCUAAGAUGUGCUGCUGUUAGAAUUGUCUAGUUAAAAAAGGAUGAACUUGGGGUUUUAUAUUCCGUUGCUUGCAAGCCUCGUGGAAGUAAUGAACGUGAAAGUUGAGAGCAGUCUGCUGCUGAAUCAAGGCCACACAGUGAUCUUCGUGGGGGAAUGGGGGAGAUCCCUGCUCCCUGGGGGCUUUCCAUCUGUGAUCUGAAGAUCUCCAAAUGACCGGUCCUCAGGACAGUGAUAUCUGGGACCUAUCUCCCAGACUGAGUCUUCUCAGGUCUGGGAGGGUCUUACCUUAUACAAAGUGUCCAGUAUUGACCCACGGGGUGAGGAAGGAGAAGUCCAUUGAGCAGACAAAGAAGGGGAGAUAAGUUUGUUUAUAGGUGAAUGACUAUUCUCUCAAGUAUUUGAAAUGAUAUCAGAAAAUUAGAAAUGUUUUAAAAACAACUCCCUGCUACUCAUGUUAUUUUCAUAUCUUCUGAUCGCUAAUCCUAGGCUACAGCUUGAACAUAAGAAUGAGAAAUAAUUUCUGGCUUCAUGAGUUAUGGCUACUGCUUAGACAGAAUUCCUUUUCAUUCUUUUAACUCAGAGGAUCAAUUUGCUGAAUUCUUUCCAGUUUGACUUUGUAUUUUU